ACUUCCGCAACUCAUGAUGCCAACACUCAUUCAAAAUAUCACAGGGAAGUAAGUGCCGUAGCUGACUGUGUUCAAGGAAACACUGCAUGAAAAGGUACAUUCAUUGAAUUCUGCACUUGAAACCGAUGUGAGGACUCAAUCAUGUCUCUGCUCAGAUUUGGAUGCGUGCUGCUGCUGCUGUUUGGACAUUCACUCGGGGUACCUCGUUCAUUCAGCGUGGACUACAAGAAUGACUGCUUUCAGAAGGACGGGAAAGAGUUUCGUUACAUAUCAGGAAGCAUCCAUUACAGCAGGAUCCCCAGAGUCUACUGGAAGGAUCGACUGCUCAAGAUGUACAUGGCAGGACUGAAUGCCAUCCAGACGUACAUCCCCUGGAACUACCACGAGGAGUCUCCAGGCCGGUACAAUUUCAGUGGAGACAGGGAUGUGGAGUAUUUCCUUAAGCUGGCCCAAGACAUCGGUUUAGUGGUCAUCCUUCGGCCUGGACCCUACAUAUGUGCCGAGUGGGACAUGGGUGGGCUGCCUGCAUGGCUUCUCAACAAGAAAGACAUUGUGCUGCGGUCUUCAGAUCCAGAUUACAUUGCAGCUGUAGACAAGUGGAUGGGAAAGUUACUGCCAAUUCUAAAGCCUUAUCUCUACCAGAAUGGUGGUCCUAUCAUCACUGUGCAGGUGGAGAAUGAAUACGGCAGUUAUUUCGCCUGUGACUACAACUACUUGCGUCACCUGUCCAAGCUAUUCCGCUCUCACCUGGGCGACGAGGUGGUGCUCUUCACCACAGAUGGAGCCGGGCUAGGUUACCUAAAGUGUGGCUCGAUACAAGAUCUCUACGCCACUGUUGACUUUGGGCCUGGUGCUAAUGUAACCGCUGCAUUUGAUGCACAGAGACACGCUGAGCCUCAUGGACCUUUGGUGAACUCUGAAUUUUACACUGGCUGGCUGGACCACUGGGGGUCACAUCACUCUGUCGUGUCAUCUACCAUAGUGGCCAAGUCCCUCAACGAAAUCCUGGCUGUUGGAGCUAAUGUCAACCUGUACAUGUUCAUAGGAGGAACAAACUUUGGAUACUGGAAUGGUGCCAAUGCUCCUUAUGGCCCGCAGCCCACAAGCUACGACUACGAUGCCCCGCUCACGGAAGCAGGAGACCUCACAGAGAAGUACUUUGCUAUUCGGGAGGUGAUCAAAAUGUACCGUAAAAUACCAGAGGGACCCAUACCACCAACAACUCCAAAGUAUGCAUAUGGGACUGUCGUGAUGGAAAAGCUCCAGACAAUAUCGGAUGCCUUAGAAAAACUGUCGUUCUCCGGACCUGUGAAAAGCAUCUAUCCUCAGACUUUCACUGAACUCAACCAGGCCUUUGGUUAUGUGCUCUACAGGACGGCUCUGCCUGUUGACUGCAGCACACCAACGCCACUGUCCUCUCCACUCAACGGCGUCCAUGACAGAGCGUAUGUGUCAGUAGACGGGGUGGCUGUGGGGAUUCUCGAGAGAAACAAAGCCAUAACUGUCAACGUGACGGGGAAAGCUGGCAGUCAGGUUGACAUACUGGUGGAGAACAUGGGCCGAAUCAACUACGGAAGAGAAAUCAACGACUUUAAGGGCCUGGUGUCCAAUCUGACUCUGGGGAAAGACACACUCCUCGGUUGGACCAUGUACAGUCUCAGUAUCGAUGAAGCGGUCAGUCAGGGACUUCUCGGUGAACUUAAACCAACAGAUGCUCCUCAGCCUGCUGCUCUUUCCCUUCCGGCCUUCUACGAGGGAAGCUUUAUCAUUCCGGACGGCAUCCCAGAUCUGCCCCAGGACACCUACAUCAAAUUGCCCAAAUGGAGGAAGGGGCAAGUUUGGAUUAAUGGCUUCAACUUGGGACGUUACUGGCCGUCCCGAGGCCCUCAGGUAACAGUCUUCGUCCCAGCCAACAUCCUCAGCACGGCUGCACCCAACAAUGUGACUGUCCUGGAGCUGGAGGGGGCUCCCUGCGACUCAGGGCCAUGUAGUGUGGAGUUCACUACCACCCCGAUCCUGAAUGCAACAGUCCAGUCUGAUUACAAACAGCACCGGAGACUCUUCGCUAAAGACGAUUUGUUUUGAUAACAAGGGAACUCACUGCUGCACAAAAUCAAUUUGCACUUUGUUUGAUUUUUAAAAAGCUGUAAUAUGUGAAUCUGGGACAUGGCAUCAAUGAUUGAAUGUGUCUUUAUGAAAAGUGAUGAAAGCCAAAUGCUGUAUUUAACCAUCACAUUGGUAUGUGAGUGUCUCUACCUCACUGGACAUUUUCAUUCGAAGCCUUUUUUUUCUCUUCACAAAGGGAUUAUUGACAAUUGAAGCAUUGCCAAAACAUCAUAGCAGCCUGUAUUUCAGAGAAUGUUUUAUUUUUUUAUGUGGAAAACACAUCAGGGGAAAUGUAUUAUGUAUUAUGAUACAACUACAGAUACAUUGGGACUGAUGAUCUGUAGCUUAUAUUGAUUUUAAACUUAUUUUGCAUACACUCUAAACCUGUCUGAUAUAAUGCUUAUAAAGCAUAUGCCUUUUUAAAGCAAAAAAAUAAACAAUAUGAUUUAAAUAAUA